AUGGAUUAUCACGUGGGACCAAUUGGAGUUGAGCCUCCAAAGCUCUGUUGUAUUCCAGCUCGUCCUCUUGUCUGUGUUCUCGCAAUUCUCGGAAUCUUGAGAAGUAUUUGUGUAUUCUUUGAAACUCCAACAUUCACAAAUGGAUUCUUCCUCUCUAUUUUCAUCUUUCUCGAUUCGAUUCUUCUGAUUGGAGCAGCUAAAAACAGAGAAAAGCACUUGAGUUGGUCGUUGAAAGUAGUUUUCGUUGGAAUCGGAUUCGCUGCUCUCCAACUUCUCAUCUUCCCAGUUAUUGCUGCAAGUGCUGUCGCUUCUGGAUCAGUUCCUCACUCUUAUAAGAUGGUUGAAAGCAUGGUGAAGAUGGUUUUAGGAGGGAAUCAGGAGAACUUUAUGAAUGGAGUGGCAGCUGGUUAUGUUGUCGAGAUCGCCACUAUUUUGUUGAUUGGAGUCCAAACCCUCAAGUAUGUCAUCGUCAAUCGUCUGUGGGAGUACGCAAAGGUUACGGAAGGAAUUCUAUAA